AAUAAAUAAGAGGGAGUUGAUGCUCGGUCUCGAUAGCUCGAUCGGUGUCUGUAGUUAUCGACAGUAUUUUGAAAAGAAGUCUCCAUCCUAUUGACUGCUUGUGUGAAGAUUCGUCUAGCUAGACUCUAGCUAGAGGCUAGACGAUCAUACUAAAACUGGGUACUAAAAUAUCACUCGCAGUCACAGAAACUCCUUUUUGUUCUCUCACGUCACUGGCUGGAUACGUGCAAAUUAUUACUUUUUGUCUGUGCUCUGUUUGCAGCUGUCAAAGUCAAACAAAUUAUUCGAAUGUUGCGAUAUUCAUUUAUUUUGGUCACCGACUUUGAUUAGUUUUGUAGAAAUAGUUUAAUUUUAUUUAGUUUUUAUAUUACAUUCCUCGUCUAUAUUGUAAAAUGGACCCCAUAUCAAUUUUACAAAGCAGAAUUGAGCAAUUGGAAGCCAAACUUGGAUUGGCAGCAAAUGCUCCUCUUGAUGGGCAACAAGGCGACACUGCUACCGCAAACCUUCUGAAUACUGCUCAAGCCAUCAACAAUGCCACCGCAGGACACGAGAAGCUCUCUGAAGCCAUGCAUAUGGCCUCCGAACUGAACAACUACACUGACCCAAAUUUCGUUGAAAAUAUGCAGCAGAAUGAAAUGCAUAUGCAUCAAGUUGCUGCUGCGGAGCCUGUCCUCAAGCACCACUGUCAUUGCAUGCACCGCUGCAAGCAGGCAGCAUCAGUGCUGGAGUCUGAACCCAUCCAGCAUGCUGCCCAAAUGCAAGAGGUAGUCAACAACAUGCAGGCAGCCGCAGCUGAAGUGAAGGUAGAGGCUGAUGCAGUAUCUCAAGGUGUACAGGAACUCGCAGAAACAUGCGGCGCGGCCGCCUCCGAUGCAUCUGAACAACUAGCCAAUGUUGCUCAGAAAGUAGAACAAGCUGAGCAAAAACUCUUCCCUCGUAGAAGAAAUGGCCUUGACUAAUUACUCAAGGCAGUUACUUAUUGUUAUCUAAUGUAAAUGAUUUAUUUAUUCAAAUUCGCUAAAAUUAAAAGUAUUGCUUUAA